AUGUCGUCCGUAUCCAGAAGCACAAUCGGUACUCCUGUGCUAACAAGCACAACCAAUGCUCGCGUAGCAGGUAUCGAGAGUGUCGAAUGCAGUGAUGUUCUCCUACCAGACUGUUCGUCCAAGAAAGCUGGCUCGGUCCAAAUGUCUACCAACACGGAUUCAAGUUCACCUCAACCUCAACACGAUAUUGACAAGUCAAACCCCUGGGCUGUUACUGUCCGAAGCGUGAAGAAGAAACUUAGCCACUCUCGAAGAGCCAGCGCAAGCUUGUUGCUGGAUGGUCCUUUGACCCGCCGAAAUGCACGAGGGAAAGGUCACGCUGCUACACCUUCUGUUGGCUCUAGUCGUAUGCUGGGUUCUGUGACUACCUACAAGGACAAGCUGCACCACUGGACGGGGCGAGAUCCUCGACCACAAGUCGAAAUGCGGAGUGAUGCAAGUCUAUCGCAGUCUUUGAGUCGAAGCAAGGCUUCUACUGCAAAUGUUCACAGUGCUGAUACCGGUGAGAAUGAGCAGCGAGUGCCACGUCUUCCUUGCCUUUACACAGAGAGCACGACCAAUUUGCUUGCUACUUCGUUGAGUCGUUCUUUCGCUAGCGCCGUCGAGAAAAUUGAUUUUGAUUCAUCACCGACCUUGGUCUCUCACAAUACACCAACAUCGAGGCUCAAGAAAGCCAGGUCGUUGUGGAGUCUCAACAGGCUUGUACGAGAUGUUUCUGGUAGCAGCCUGGAGACAGGUCAGUCCUCAACACAACUGAGUUCUGUAGAUCCUAGUUCAACCGCAUCAGGGUCUCAUGUCUCCAAAAUCUCGUCCGCAGCAAAUGGACGGCUCAAACUUCAAGCGGGACCAGAUGCACGGGCACUGUCCAAGCCUCGUCCUCUGAGAUGGUCUGCCAGAAAGAAUAGGUGGAUCAAGCCAAAGCCACCACCGCGAGCGAACCAACAUGUUGAUCCUCUCAGAGUCCAUCCUGGUGUCACAUCAUUUGUGACACCGUCUCAGCGGGUCAAUACUCCUAUCACGCCAGGACAAGCACAUCCGCGAUCGCAGCAGGCAGAUAAUGACGACCAAGAUGGCUCAGCACUAAUAGACAGAGCUGUCAUCUACUCACCUUCCACAGGCGAUCUGAGUGUAUACUCUAGGACGCCGUCCCCCACUGCUCUGGAAGCACAGCUUGCGGCUCGAAAAGAGCGACAGCUGCAGGAGACGCCUACAAGGAAGCCUUUGCAUAAGUCAAGCGGGUCCAUUCUCAGAAAGAGUGUGAGCACCUUCUUUGGAAGGUCGACUAGCAUAAUAAAGUUCAGCGGAUUCUCUCCCAUUAAGAGGUCGAAAACAGAGCAGAACAUUGCCACUACUUCAGACCGUAUGAGCUGGUCACAUGGUCUGAGUUUAAAAAACAAGGGUAUCGCUAUCGACAGACCCAGAGAACGAUCCAUGAGUACACCUGUAUUGUCCAGCACUGAUGGUGUGAGAGCUGUCUGGGACUACCAACCGACCACACCUUCACCUCUUCGCAAAAGCACCAAAGUGAGCACAACACCUGGCGGCCGCCAAAGAGCAUUGACAACGACAACCCCUAUCAAGAUGCCUACUGAAGACAUGGCAUCACGCAUACCAAGAAGCCAAGCUCCGUCUCUGGGGCCGGAGAAGCGAUACGCAAGGUAUAUUAGGCAUUCCGCAGAAAACACCAUCUGUCCUUGA